CUGAAGGGUUUAUAUAGGGCUGCUAAAUUUAGGCUCCAGUGACUUGCUCAGCCUCCCCAUCCUGAACGUGUUUCCUCCUCUCCUUGCAAUUGGUUUGGUGCGUGCCCCCCAUGCCUUUAUUUAUAAUCUAGGUCCGCUCUCAGCUGCAAGUAAAGCUUUAGUUUUGUAUUGCACACAUCUUGAUGCACGCACUUCAUAGAGGAGCAGGGAGUUCAGACUUCUCUUUCGUUUUAUUUAUAGAUUUGUUUUUCUUUUACUUUUUAUGAUUAUUUUUCUAAGUUUACUGACAAUCUGUCCGAAAACUAAAAGGACAAAGCGAUGGCUCUGAGUGAAACCAUUCUUCCGUCUUUUUCAACUUUCGCAAAUCAACGAGAUAAAUGUCUUCAUCAAGAAAGGUGGAAGUGUGAUUAUGAUUCAACGUCUCCACACCACAGUUGCGAAGUGAUGCAGAACGUUGAUCUCUAUUCAAACAAGAAGGAUGAUGAAGAUCUAAAUACUGUUCUGGAAUUUGUGCUGUCGAUGGGGCCUGAUAAAACUGUCCAUGCCUGUGAAGAAUAUCUAAUGAAUUCACCUGAAUCUUGCACUUAUUACCAAACAACCCCUUCUCCUGGGAGCUAUAGUACAGACCACAGUCCCCCACCUUACAGUUCUGGCCUCAUGACAGAAUUAAUGAGGUCUGAUAUGGACAACUUUUGUCAUCCCAACACUGUCCAAGGAAGAUUUUUUGUUUCUUCAACCUUCGAGUUUCCAGAAAACAUCAAAACUGAACCUAGUAUGGACUCUUACGGACCUGUUAUGGGUAUGGUACCUCAGACAUGCUCAAAGAUAAAGCAGGAAGGUAGUGCUGCAUGCAUGAUGGCAUAUGACCAACCAAGACUAGCCAAUUCUCCUCAGAUGGGUGGCACAGACACCCCACCGUUGAGCCCAGAUGACCUGAUGACAGAGUGCCAGUCCCAACUGAUGUGCCACCCUAGUCUGUCAUAUCCUCAUAGCUACCCUCCACAUGCUACUGGCUUUCACCAUCAGCCUAAUCUUCAGUUUCAAAGUGCUUCACAGUAUGGAAUGUUUGAGGACAAUCUAAACAUGCCACCUGCUGCCUCUAGGGGUGUGAUGACACCUCCAUGUUCACCUUUGGAAAUUCUAGAUGUGAAACCCAAAAGGGGACGAAGAUCUUGGCCCAGAAAGAGAACAGCUACACAUACUUGUUCAUAUGCUGGUUGUGGAAAGACAUACACCAAGAGCUCCCAUUUGAAAGCCCACCUAAGGACACACACAGGUGAGAAACCUUAUCACUGCAACUGGGAAGGAUGUGGCUGGAAAUUUGCCCGGUCAGAUGAACUAACUCGCCACUUCCGCAAGCACACUGGUCACCGGCCAUUCCAAUGUCAUCUGUGCGAUAGAGCAUUCUCCAGAUCAGACCACCUAGCUCUGCAUAUGAAAAGGCACAUGUGAAAUGAUCAGACUUUUUUUUUUUUUUUUUUUUUUUUGUCUUGGGUUAGGGGUGGGUUUUGUUGACCUGUAAUGGUCACACAGACUGCUACUAGUCUCUGCAUCCCCUUGGAAAGGAGUGGGGGAAAAAGAGACAUUAGCUGGUACUGCACGGUGUGGGAUGUGACCUUGUGGAGCUUCAAAGAAGGGGGGGGGGGAACUUGAUAACAGGCUGGACCUAUAACUUGAACUUGUACAAUAACUGGAAUGUCUCUAGUAUAGUGUUUAUGCUGUUUUGUAGAACCUGUCAAGUGCUAGAAGAACAAAGUAUUUUCCAAUGUUAACACUUUGCUUACCUGUGUGGCAGCAAAACGCAUUUUAUAAGGGCAUUGACUGUUACAAGAAGUAGAGGAAAGACUUAAAACCUUCCAUUAACCAUGGCGCAUUAUAAUGUAGGAUAUCACCACCCACCUAGACAUCCCUUCUUAAAUUUCUUUCUGUAGUUAAUGCAGAUACUGUCCCCAGCUCUGUGACUGGAAUAUGCACUUCUUUCUCUUAAAAAUGGAUUUGCUGGGGUGUUUGGGUAUUUCUUCUUCUUUUGAAUCAUGAUUGUAUAAAAUAAAGUUUGGUGAUAUUCUGCUUUAAUUCAUGUUGCUACAUAACAUGGUUCAGUUCUCUACAUUCCGUUGUUUUAUUGCUAGAUUGUAAUGGUCUCAGGACCCCUGACAAUGUUUGUAUGAAACUGCCUUAUUAUUGACUCCUGCCUUUUGACUGGAUAAUUUAGUUGAAUAUCCUAAACUUUUGUAGCUAUGCAAAUAGCAUAAGGGGGGGGAAGUUAUUUUUCUGAGCUCUAUUUUUAUAUAGUGUUUGACAUUACACUCUAAAAUACUGCAGGGCUAGAUGUCUUGCAAAAUAACCUUUUUAUAUUAUAUGUAUUUAUAUAUAAUUAUAUAUUUGUAAAUAGUUUUGUACAAUGAAAAUAUUGUAUUUAUGUAAAUACGACGACCACAAAUGGCAUUGUAAUUUUUUUUUUGUUGUGUUUUGCCCCUUUUUUCUUGUGAAAAAGGAAAUGGACAAUUUUUUUUCUCAAAGUGAAAAAAAUAAAAACCUAUUUAAAAAAACAAA